GGCGGUCCAAAAAUCCUAAUAAUAGAAAAACCAUAUUGGAAUUUUCGCAGUGCAAAGGUGGUGCGGAUUGAUCAGCAAGCUCCCACCGAGGAGGGAAAGAGAGAGAGUCACACAAAGUUGGCAAUUACGAUAAAAGCCUGUGCUCAAUCUUUUUCCCAAAAGGUUGGGGAGAACCAGUCGUGAAUCAGAAAAGGAAAGUGGUCUUACGCACUCGCUAUAACAUUUGUUUUUCGCACAUCUUCGAUUCACCUCUGAUCCCUCCACACCUCAAAUUUCUCUUUCCCUCCUGGGGUUUCACACACCCGUCUUCUUCCUUCUCAUCCUAAGAUUGGUUGAUGUUGCAGAGUCAUGCCCACGUUUACUGCAUUAGCAUUGGAUAGUUUAUUAGAACCAGGAGCAUCAAGACCGAUGACACCGAUAAGAAAGGUUCCUGAUUCGAAGGUGGAGAGGAGAAACAGGACGUCGGAUUCAAAGCUUGAUAGAAGAAUUCCUGAUUCCAAUUCGAAGCUGGAGAGGGGAAUUAGUCUUCCACCUUCAAAGCCAGAGAGGAUAAAUGGGACAUCGACAACAACGACAAUAGAUAAGAGGCACCUCUGGGCUCAGCCAGCACUCUAUGCCACUCCCAAGUCUACCCCGCUUCCUGAUUCUCCAUCUUCAUUCCCUCCUUCGCCUUACAUCAUUAAUCACAAGCGGCGUGGUCCACGCCUUCUCAAGAGUUUCUCUGAGGAUGAUGUUGCUGCACGCCAAAGAGCUCUAGAACAAGAAAAGUUAGCUGAGAAUGGAAUAAAUGCUGAAGGGGAGGUUUCUGGUUCUGCCACUGAUGAGACUUGUACAUUUGGGGAGGUGGCUGAUUCAGUCAAAGAUGAUCAUGUUGUGGUCACUGCUCAUAGUGCUGUUGAGCCUGUCAAUGAUGUUUGUGAUGGAGGAUGUGCAAGCAAGGGGUUGAGUAAUGGUUUAGCUGGGGAAAACCGUUCAUUGAAGUUUGUUACAUUUAACAUGGAACGGGAUGGUCAGGAGGAUGAUUUUUUUGAUCCUCAAGAGGCAUUGAGUACAGCGAGCAAUAAUACUGAGGGUGAAACAAAUGGUGGGGUGGAACGGUCUUUGAAUCUUGCUACACCAGUGUCUGAGUUUUAUGAUGCUUGGGAAGAACUAUCAUCUGAAAGUGGGCCACAGCCUCCUCUGCAUGACAUUGAAGCUGAGUUACGUGAAAUGAGAUUGAGUUUAUUGAUGGAGAUAGAGAAGCGGAAGCAAGCAGAAGAAACCCUGAGUACUAUGCAAAACCAGUGGCUGAAGAUCUGGGAACAGUUAUCUCUUGUGGGAUUGACCCUCCCUGCAGAUUCUGUUGCUGUUAUGGGCGAUGAACAGUCAGAUGAUCCUGCAGAAGAGCUGUCCAGACAGGUUCAUCUUGCUCGGUUUGUGUCAAAUUGUAUUGGGAGAGGAACUGCAAAGGCUGAGGUUGAGACGGAGAUGGAAGCUCAGAUAGAGUCAAAGAACUUUGAGAUUGCUCGAUUAUGGGACAGGCUGCAUUAUUACGAGGCUGUGAAUCGGGAGAUGUCUCAGAGGAACCAGGAAGCUGUAGAGUCAGGACGAUGUCUUAGGCAAAGAAGGAAAAGAAGGCAGAGAUGGGUUUGGGGGUCGAUUGCAACUACAAUCACACUUGGGACUGCUGCUUUAGCGUGGUCUUACCUCCCAUCUGGAAAAACAUCAUCUUUCUCCAAUCAAUCCCAUACUCCUGAGGGUGACAAUGCAUCGAAGUCGGGAGCUUCUGGUUGAAUUCAUUACUUCAGGUCAUGUCAGAAGUUAAAAAUAAGAAUUCAAGAGAGGUUAAGUUUGCCAUCUUGUGAAUACCACAACAACAUUGCCUGUUAUCUUUAUGGGACAUUUUCUAGCUCUGCAGGAUGUACAGUGGCAGCAAAGUAAUAUGGUACCUGUCCUUUCAGCUGGCAAUCCAAAAUGAGGUGUUUAACUCAUAAUCUGGAUUAGUCUGUGCAAUAAAUAGUGUAUACAGAAUGUCAUUUGUUGGUGCUCCAUAGAGCCAUGGUGCCAUCACAGGGAACAGAAGGGAUAGUGCAUAUAUUAAUAGUUCUUCUAAGACGAAUGCUUGCAGAUUCUAUAUUUCACUCUAGUUUUCAUUGGCACCUAUUUUCAUAUGCUCGUAUGAGUCAGCUUCAGGUUUUAUUACAUUCUUUUGAAUUUCAAAAACUGGUUCUUUUGUUGGUUUUUGGUGCCACAGGUAGUUGUGGGCCUCGUGGACGCCAUUGUCACUGCCUGUAGGCUGUCCAUUUGAUCAAUUACUUACAGUCCGGUAACUUUGAAAAUAAACAUGAUAUGAAGUCUGUCUGGUUGAUGAUUACGUUGUUAUUUAGUUUACAUGGUUUACAAGAGCUGGUCUAACUACUUUUGACUGGUGAUAAAAGAUUCUGGCAGUUGGAGUGAUGAAUUGCAAGUAUCUG